AACCUGCCACUUCUUAUUCUCAGCUCUGUCAUUGUCGGGGAUUCCAAUAUGUUUUUCAGCGUUGAAAACAGCCUGCCAGUGGUUACUUCGGGUACUUCAGUAUUAUGGCCUACAAAUGGUUACUUUUGAGCUAGCAUCUGGCCAAACUGGCUGGUGGUUUAGCCCUAAGGGCUGCCCAAAGACGACGGCCAAUGGGAACGAGGAUAGAUCCAGAGGAAGCAGGAAAAUGUGAAUCCACUUCAUCGUCCUCAUCGUCGUCGUCAGAAGUGAGUGUGAGUGAGGCCCGUGCCCGUGGGCUGGCCCAUCACUCCAGCCAUCCAGCCAUCAGCCAUCACAGCAUAAUAAGAACAACUUCAGUGAUCACAAUAAUGCGACAAUAAUCUGGCUUCAAACACACCACACACAGUCCUCGUGCACCCCGAGUCCCGCUAUUCCGGCUAUUUCUACUCCUUCCUCGCCGCCUUCACCAUUACCCUCACGACUGCCAUGGCCUGGGCUGUCAGGCCCGUGAUGCGCUCCGCCUUAUGACGACCGCCACUUCCGUGUACCCAUCCAGUCGGAUCCCGACCGACCUUUGAGAGGAUGGGUGGCUUGGUCUUGGUCCGGGGGACCCCGACCCUAAGACUGAUGUCCAUCUGGCUGUUACUAGGGGCUGGGCUUUACUCGAGUGGGCGGGCUCAAGACGCGCCCGUGGAGUUCUGCUCGGCCGAGGCGGUGCUGGAAACGAAAUACGUGAUGCCGUUUUACCAAGCCGAGCGGGCCAUCGCCGCCCAUUGCGUGUCCGCCGAGCUGAGCGCCCAAGGUCAUGGGGUCCACGUGGUUCGUGUGGCCCAAACGGGUCGGAUUGUUAUCUUGACCUUGGAGGAGAACGAAAGGUCGGCCCGUGGCGUGGUGUUGGUGUUAGAUUCGCCCACCCCCGUUAAAUGGCGCUUGGAUUUUGUCAGUCCCGUUAACCGCCGAGCCGCGGGUUACAGCCGGACCGUCAUUUUGUCGGCUGGAUCGCGGGUCGUGAGCAGUAAUUUCCCUCUCGAAACGCGGGAAAUGGUCGAUGAGGAUCUGGAUCCGUCCAUGAGGGAUCCGGAAUUUAUAGAGGCCAUUCGAAGCCGCUUCGAAGCUUUGUCUUCGUUUGUCCGUUUGGCGCAAGUCAAUCGGAUUUCGUUAGUCACCCACCCGGCCCAUCCACCCGAUAUCUGCCAGCCCCAAGCGGGUCCCAGUCCCGCCGUGCAUGGGCAGUGGAUCUCUGCCUCGAAAAUGCGAGGCUGUUUCCAUGCCGAGCUGGCCGGGGCCAUGGACUCGGAUGUGUAUAUCAUUGACCUGGAAUCUAGUGGCGGCCCGCCCUCGGCCGCUUUACAUAUCGUGCCCGAAAGUGAAGGCACCAUGACGCGUAAUAUGACCUUAGUGCUACGUUCGGGUGAGCCGCUGGUCUGGCUCGUGGAAGCUCUAGCAUUCCGGGGACGCCUGACCAUUAUUACCCAUCUGGGCAGUUCCGUGUAUAACAAAUCGCGUUUGUCCUUUGAGCAAGUCGAAGUGAAAACUAAAAGCUUGCCUGCGGCCAUGGACGACCUGUGGCGAUCGGUGAUUAGUGACACGGGCAUAUCCCCCAUGUCUUAUGUGAAAGUGGCUCGGAGUGAUGUCAUAACCAUGAAAAUCCCUAAGAAAGGGAGUUUGAGCUCGUUUCAACCCUCAAACAAGGCCAACCAAGAGGAGGAGUUCAAGCGAGCGAGAGAUUCUCACCCUGAGUCUGAGAAUGAUUUGGCCCAAAAGACGGUUCUGCUUAAGGGGAGCAUUGUCGAAAGUGCCAUGGUGAACGAAGCUGAACAAUCUUACAUCCAACAUGUGGUGGAGGAAAUUCGGUCCGGAAUGACUAAACAGUGUAGUGAAGUUCAAACGGUUCUUGCCAUUGAGAGAGACAAGGCAGACCCACACAAUGUGCUCCAAAUGUCGUUGAAUGACCCGAAAUGCUUGGCCGAAAAAAAUGAGACCCAUUGGCUCAUUAAAACCAAGAGCACGUCGUGCGGAUCCUUGAACGUAUUUUCGGGUUCCAAUCCAAUGUUCCGGAAUAACGUGGUCCUUCAAUUCGCGUCUCAAUCCCGAUUGUUCAAGAAGAAGGUUUCUAUCCCGUUCUCGUGCCGAAUCAAACCAGGCAUCAAUGGGCAUGGCCAAGGCGUGGUCGAGCGUGUGGGCAGUUCAGCCGAUACGGGCCGGUUUUCGGGCUCCUCCGACUCCGAUGAGACCACAAUGGAGGAAAUGUACUCAAUGAUCAUCGAACGGAAAGCCCGAAAUGGCUUUGAAUUGUUGGUAGACCAUCGGGAUCAAAUGGCGGAUGUGGCCUUGGGCGAUGAGCUCCGAGUGAUGACCUCGUUCGAUACGAAAUCCCCUCUGAUGUUGGACAUUGAGCGGUGCUGGAUCUCUGGUAAUGCCCAGGUGGAUCUGACUUCCGUACUCAAAGAACAAGUGCUCAUUUGGGAGGGAUGCCCCGCCGAGUCGUCUGUCAAUGUCACCAUGGGGUCCACCCAUGCCCGUCAGAACCCGUGGUUCUCGUUUCAAGUGGACGAGAGCAUCAUGGGUUUCGGCGAGUUCUACCUGUUCUGCCUCAUCGGCCUGUGCUCUCCGGAUCCCCUUUUCAAAACGGGGAAUCUGGGCUCUUGUCGCGACCCUUCGGAUCAGUGCUCUUCUAGACAGAGACACGAAUCUCCCGUGGCACAACAGCUAUCCCGUCGAGGGCCUCUGCGGAUGUUUCCGUACCUGAAAGAUGCCUCGUUCCCGCAAGAUCUGGCGGGUCACGACCAGGACUACCUUUUGGAGGUGAUCUCGGUUCAAAACCAAACACAACUCAAAGACUCGUCGUCUGGUCUGAGAUCAGCCCAGGUGCUCAUGGUGGGUGUGCCAACAGAGAUCGCUGUGGCCAUAGCUUUGGCAUCAUUCGUAAUUGGUGCUGCUCUCACGGGAUUACUCUGUUGCGUGCACCACAGGAACUAUGCGUCCAAAAUCAUGAGAAUUCGAAGGAACGAAACAGCUCUGAAGGGCAACGAGCUCCAGUCCAUGAUGGAUUCUUCGUUUCCCCAGCCUCAAACGGCGGGAUCUGCAAACUCUACACGUAAUCUCGAUGAGACAGAAGGUCACGCCCCCGAAAGUGUGGCUUUUAUUCCUCGAGACCCUACCAACCAUGAUCGGUCGAAAGUGCGGUCAUGAAGUCCUAGUGGGAGCAUGCCAACUAUACUCUCAUACAACGUAUCUACCUCCAAAAUAUCUCCUUUUGAAAUAGGCUCAUGCCGAAUUCGCUUUUGUUGGCGAUUCAGGGCAAGCUCCCCUCCCCAUCUUUCCCUUGUACAGCACACAUAUUCUAUAUAGUUCUUGGCCAAGGCGAGAACGUACUUGAUAAGUACCUUCACUCAACAAGGUGCAUGCACGGUUCUGGACCAGGGUUCCUGACAAGUUACCCGAAACAGUUGCACUAUCCCAGUGCAGUCUAGUUUCUUCGCAAAACUUUUAUGUACUCCGUUACCCAUUGUGUAUUCUAAGGACUUACAUCAUCUCACUCAACCUUGAGCUCCAAAAACAACCAUGUCACCCUCGCCGUUGAAAAGUGCAGGGAGCGAAACGAAAAAAGUCACCAUUCUUCCAAAACGCAAAUCCUUUUCUUCGCUCUAUGAAUUCAAACAAUUUCAGAGCCUAAACCAUGUUCAGAAACACUCAAAAUUGAGCACAUCAUGACCAAAUUGGCGCUGGAAACAAGUUCCAGAUUAAAGAAAAAAGCAACUUUCAAUUAUCAUCCUGGUGACCGAAGCAAGAAAUGCUCUCAUUGUUCGAAUCUCAACCCAAGUUGACCUCCAACCAACACUCUGAAAACCUCACAGCAAUUGGACAGUUACCACACACUCUAACAGUAAUACCACCACCAGUCCAAACUAUAACCAACAGAAUAGUAGACAUGACAAAUGAUCUCUUGGUCCCCUUUUACAUUUGAUUACCUCUCUCUGCUCCCCAUCCAUUCAGUGAACAUUUAAAA